CACAGAGAAAACACUUUCCCUCGCUCAGUUCACACACACACACCCGUCAGUCUACACACCUGUCUGUCUUUACCUAUACUCCCAGCUGCUCUCACUCUACCUGUGUGGGAUUCUCUAUCGUUUGGGAGACCGUCUGUGGAUACAGUACCCAGUGAAAGGAGCUAGGAAUCACAGGAACCAGACUGGGAGCCACUUAGAGGAAUCACAGGAACCAGACUGGGAGCCAGUUAGAGGAAUCACAGGAACCAGACUGGGAGCCACUUAGAGGAAUCACAGGAACCAGAUUGGGAGCCAGUGGAGGAAUCACAGGAACCAGAUUGGGAGCCAGUGGAGGAAUCACAGGAACCAGAUUGGGAGCCAGUGGAGGAAUCACAGGAACCAGAUUGGGAGCCAGUGGAGGAAUCACAGGAACCAGAUUGGGAGCCAGUGGAGGAAUCACAGGAACCAGAUUGGGAGCCAGUUAGAGGAAUCACAGGAACCAGAUUGGGAGCCAGUGGAGGAAUCACAGGAACCAGAUUACAACCACCUACUAUGUCAAAAGAGGGGGAAAGAGCAUCAGUGUUGAAGACCACUAAGGUUCGGACCAAGCUGAAAGGAGAUGGCAGCUGGAUGCAGAGACUCGGUGAACCCCAGUCUGAAACAGAGGAGGAGAAACCAUGGAUAGCAGAAGUCAGAGUGAAUCGACUGAAUGGAGCCCCUAUAGACACCAGCCCAGUGGCCUCUCCCACCUCCAAGACCCCUCCCUCCCCCAGACCUGCAGAAGACGGAACACCGUCUCCAGGAUACCUUAUCAGAGGGAUUUUCACCAAGACAGACACCAAGCCUGCUGCCACCUCAUCUACAUUCAAUAGCUUGAGUGUGUCAACAUCCAGCUUCACCAAGAGGCCUUCAGAGAGCUACAAGAGAAUAGCUCCUCACACAGUGCGUCCCACCUCAAACCUCCCAGUUCAAACUGAGGACCAGCUUUCCCCAGAGGAGAAGGAGAAACGAGAGGAAGCAGCCAUGGAUGUGCUCAGGACUUCUUCAGCCCGACAACGCUCCUACGUCCUCUCAGCUGCCAAGAAAUAUGAUUCUACAGAGAAACCACUAGAAACCUCCCUGACCCCAGAAGUUUCAUCUUUUGUGGCUAAAAGGGUGGUGAUCACAGACAAUGACGACUCUGUCUUCACUGAGACUCCCUCUGUCCCCAAAGAACCAGCUGCUCCAUCUGUGAAAGAUGUCUCUCCCGUCUCUUUGAAAGAUGUCUCUCCCGUCUCUGUGAAAGAGGUCUCUCCUGUCUCUCUGAAAACUGUCUCUCCUGUCUCUCUGAAAGACGUCUCUCCUGUCUCUGUGAAAGAUGUCUCUCCUGUCUCUGUGAAAGCCGUUUCUCCUGUCUCUGCGAAAGAUGUCUCUCCUGUCUCUGCGAAAGCUGUCUCUCCUGUCUCCCUGAAAGAUGUCUCUCCUGUCUCUGUGAAAGCUGUCUCUCCUGUCCCUGUGAAAGCUGUCUCUCCUGUCCCUGUGAAAGCUGUCUCUCCUGUCCCUGUGAAAGAUGUCUCUCCUGUCUCCUUGAAAGAUGUCUCUCCUGUCUCUGUGAAAGACGUCUCUCCUGUCUCUGUGAAAGAUGUCUCUCCUGUCUCUGUGAAAGCUGUCUCUCCUGUCCCUGUGAAAGCUGUCUCUCCUGUCCCUGUGAAAGACGUCUCUCCUGUCUCUGUGAAAGACGUCUCUCCUGUCUCUGUGAAAGCUGUCUCUCCUGUCUCUGUGAAAGCUGUCUCUCCUGUCCCUGUGAAAGAUGUCUCUCCUGUCCCUGUGAAAGAUGUCUCUCCUGUCUCUGUGAAAGACAUCUCUCCUGUCUCUGUGAAAACUGUCUCUCCUGUCUCUGUGAAAGCUGUCUCUCCUGUCUCUGUGAAAGACGUCUCUCCUAUAUCUGUGAAAGACGUCCUCCUUCCAGCCCCCGUCAUAGUUGACACCCCAACAGUGAUUGGCCCUUAUGAGGGCAUGAAGCCAGGGUGUACCAAAAUGGCUACUCCACUUCCUGAGUUGAAAGUUGAGGUGAUGAAAAAACUGUCCCCAGAGAGUGGUGUCCCGUUGAAAGACGUCCCCCCAGUCCCCUCUGUAUUAGUGUCCCCUGUCCCAUAUAACCCAGUGAAGAAGAAUCCUGCCACAGUGGACACACUGACAGCCCUGUCUGACACACUCAUCUCCUUCGACACAGGUUCAUCCAGAGUGCAUGAUGAUCCGAUCCCUCAGCUCAUGACUGAUGAUCUCCUCUCUCUCACUAACGGUCUAGAACAGGAGUUGGUAAAGCCCAUCCCUCCCAUCCCAGGAUCUUGGAGUCAGGAGCUUCUCUAUGGAUCAGACAGGCUCAGUUAUGCCGAGUCCGAGGAGGAAGAGGAGGAGCCGAGAGACGAAAAGCCAGAGGACACACACAGAGAUAUUGACAGUCCGACCCCUAGUACUGACUCCAGUGUAAAUGAAAAUGUGUUGGAGGACCUUGAAGACGACUUUAUCCCCAUCAACACGAACACAACAAGACAUACGUGGAAGAGGUCCUGGGACGUCAACCCUAUCACUACCACAGACAAGAGUGAGGAGGAGGAGCCUGAGGAGCAGGAUCCACAGGUGUCCCUGGUUACGGUUCAGAAACAGUCAUCUGACAGUGAAUCACCAUGGGAUAGAUGGAGUGCACCAACUGUCUGUAAAGAGAAGAGAGACCCAGAGCCUUCAAUGGAACGUUCUAGCUCCUACUCCAGGACCUUGGACAGUUCUGCCAACCAGAGACCCACGUCACCAGACACCGAGUCCAAGAAGGGUUUUGUGUACCUGAAGGAGUACGUGAACGCUACAGACCUAACCAAGCACAACACCAGAGACAACGUUCCUGACUAUGUAACGUCUAGUUCUACCAGCCAUUCCUACAGCAGCCCCUCUUCUUACACCAGGUAACACUACUUUGACCACGCCACACUUUGAAAAUAACUCCUUGGUCCUUGUUGUUCAAAUCUGAAGGAACACAGACAGGUGUAAUCAACAUGACAGAAGGAAGCUACAAGACGAGAUGGGUGGAGUGGGGUCAUCACCAUAUUCAAAUCAAACGUUAUUGCUUACACCUAUCCAGUUCCUUCAGAUUGGCAAAUAAGUGGUACGGACACCAAUGUUAUUGUAGUAAAUCAAAACUGAAACUAAAAUAAAACAAAAAUUGGAAAACGAUUUAGUAAACUGAAAUAAAAAUAAAAACGCAACAUUUGAAAAACUGAAACUAUUAUCUUUGACUGCAAAACAAUUCAAUAAAAAAAACAUCAUAAAUUAAGUCAGUUUAAGUUGUUUCCAUCUAAAUUUUAGCCAAAAAUAUAAAACGGGGUUUUCAAGCUUUUUUUUUCUGAUGUGGUUUAAGCUUCUGAAUCUGGCCGGUAAAUGCUGCCAGUAAAUGCCGAUGUUUCAAAUAGGCCUAUCUUGUGCAUCCCUGUCAUUGGUGAUCACUAGCUAACAGGGAAGAAAUGCAAGGGCGAACACGGAGCGCAACUGGGCCAAGCUACAACAGCUUGUGAAGUUGCUGGAGCCGAGGGCGAACACGGAGCGCAACUGGGCCAAGCUACAACAGCUUGUGAAGUUGCUGGAGCCGAGGGCGAACACGGAGCGCAACUGGGCCAAGCAACAACAGCGUGUGAAGUUGCUGGAGCCGAGGGCGAACACGGAGCGUAAAUGGGCCAAGCAACAACAGUUUGUGAAGUUGCUGGAGCCGAGGGCGAACACGGAGCGCAACUGGGCCAAGCUACAACAGCUUGUGAAGUUGCUGGAGCCGAGGGCGAACACGGAGCGCAACUGGGCCAAGCUACAACAGCUUGUGAAGUUGCUGGAGCCGAGGGCGAACACGGAGCGUAACUGGGCCAAGCUACAACAGCUUGUGAAGUUGCUGGAACCGUUCUCAAUCCACACACGACCAACUUCAAAGUGGCAGCCUGAUGUGUCUGAUGUGGUGCCGUGCCGUCUCAACUUUGAGGCACACCUGCAGUCACUACUGUUGCAAGGCAGUUGGCACAGGUCCUCUCGAAGUCACUGCGGGAGCGCUUUGCAUGCAUACUGAACCCCUGUCCAGCCGGAGGGUCAACCUGGCAGUGUAUUAAGUACCUGGUAAAGGCGGCAUGUUUACAGAGUCACCUCCCCAGUACUGACAGGUAAAGGCAGCAUGUUUACAGAGUCACCUCCCCAGUCCUGACAGGUAAAGGCAGCAUGUUUACAGAGUCACCUCCCCAGUACUGACAGGUAAAGGCAGCAUGUUUACAGAGUCACCUCCCCAGUACUGACAGGUAAAGGCAGCAUGUUUACAGAGUCACCUCCCCAGUACUGACAGGUAAAGGCAGCAUGUUUACAGAGUCACCUCCCCAGUACUGACAGGUAAAGGCAGCAUGUUUACAGAGUCACCUCCCCAGUACUGACAGGUAAAGGCAGCAUGUUUACAGAGUCACCUCCCCAGUACUGACAGGUAAAGGCAGCAUGUUUACAGAGUCACCUUCCCAGUACUGACAGGUAAAGGCAGCAUGUUUACAGAGUCACCUCCCCAGUCCUGACAGGUAAAGGCAGCAUGUUUACAGAGUCACCUCCCCAGUCCUGACAGGUAAAGGCAGCAUGUUUACAGAGUCACCUCCCCAGUACUGACAGGUAAAGGCAGCAUGUUUAGAGUCACCUCCCCAGUACUGACAGGUAAAGGCAGCAUGUUUACAGAGUCACCUCCCCAGUACUGACAGGUAAAGGCAGCAUGUUUACAGAGUCACCUCCCCAGUACUGACAGGUAAAGGCGGUAUGUUUACAGAGUCACCUCCCCAGUACUGACAGGUAAAGGCGGUAUGUUUACAGAGUCACCUCCCCAGUACUGACAGGUAAAGGCAGCAUGUUUACAGAGUCACCUCCCCAGUACUGACAGGUAAAGGCAGCAUGUUUACAGAGUCACCUCCCCAGUACUGACAGGUAAAGGCAGCAUGUUUACAGAGUCACCUCCCCAGUACUGACAGGUAAAGGCGGUAUGUUUACAGAGUCACCUCCCCAGUACUGACAGGUAAAGGCAGCAUGUUUACAGAGUCACCUCCCCAGUACUGACAGGUAAAGGCAGCAUGUUUACAGAGUCACCUCCCCAGUACUGACAGGUAAAGGCAGCAUGUUUACAGAGUCACCUCCCCAGUCCUGACAGGUAAAGGCAGCAUGUUUACAGAGUCACCUCCCCAGUACUGACAGGUAAAGGCAGCAUGUUUACAGAGUCACCUCCCCAGUACUGACAGGUAAAGGCAGCAUGUUUACAGAGUCACCUCCCCAGUACUGACAGGUAAAGGCAGCAUGUUUACAGAGUCACCUCCCCAGUACUGACAGGUAAAGGCAGCAUGUUUACAGAGUCACCUCCCCAGUCCUGACAGGUAAAGGCAGCAUGUUUACAGAGUCACCUCCCCAGUACUGACAGGUAAAGGCAGCAUGUUUACAGAGUCACCUCCCCAGUACUGACAGGUAAAGGCAGCAUGUUUACAGAGUCACCUCCCCAGUCCUGACAGGUAAAGGCAGCAUGUUUACAGAGUCACCUCCCCAGUACUGACAGGUAAAGGCGGUAUGUUUACAGAGUCACCUCCCCAGUACUGACAGGUAAAGGCAGCAUGUUUACAGAGUCACCUCCCCAGUACUGACAGGUAAAGGCAGCAUGUUUACAGAGUCACCUCCCCAGUACUGACAGGUAAAGGCGGUAUGUUUACAGAGUCACCUCCCCAGUACUGACAGGUAAAGGCAGCAUGUUUACAGAGUCACCUCCCCAGUACUGACAGGUAAAGGCAGCAUGUUUACAGAGUCACCUCCCCAGUACUGACAGGUAAAGGCAGCAUGUUUACAGAGUCACCUCCCCAGUACUGACAGGUAAAGGCAGCAUGUUUACAGAGUCACCUCCCCAGUACUGACAGGUAAAGGCAGCAUGUUUACAGAGUCACCUCCCCAGUACUGACAGGUAAAGGCAGCAUGUUUACAGAGUCACCUCCCCAGUACUGACAGGUAAAGGCAGCAUGUUUACAGAGUCACCUCCCCAGUCCUGACAGGUAAAGGCAGCAUGUUUACAGAGUCACCUCCCCAGUCCUGACAGGUAAAGGCAGCAUGUUUACAGAGUCACCUCCCCAGUCCUGACAGGUAAAGGCAGCAUGUUUACAGAGUCACCUCCCCAGUACUGACAGGUAAAGGCAGCAUGUUUACAGAGUCACCUCCCCAGUACUGACAGGUAAAGGCAGCAUGUUUACAGAGUCACCUCCCCAGUACUGACAGGUAAAGGCAGCAUGUUUACAGAGUCACCUCCCCAGUACUGACAGGUAAAGGCAGCAUGUUUACAGAGUCACCUCCCCAGUACUGACAGGUAAAGGCAGCAUGUUUAGAGUCACCUCCCCAGUACUGACAGGUAAAGGCAGCAUGUUUACAGAGUCACCUCCCCAGUACUGACAGGUAAAGGCAGCAUGUUUAGAGUCACCUCCCCAGUACUGACAGGUAAAGGCAGCAUGUUUACAGAGUCACCUCCCCAGUACUGACAGGUAAAGGCAGCAUGUUUACAGAGUCACCUCCCCAGUCCUGACAGGUAAAGGCAGCAUGUUUACAGAGUCACCUCCCCAGUACUGACAGGUAAAGGCAGCAUGUUUAGAGUCACCUCCCCAGUACUGACAGGUAAAGGCAGCAUGUUUACAGAGUCACCUCCCCAGUACUGACAGGUAAAGGCAGCAUGUUUACAGAGUCACCUCCCCAGUACUGACAGGUAAAGGCAGCAUGUUUACAGAGUCACCUCCCCAGUACUGACAGGUAAAGGCAGCAUGUUUACAGAGUCACCUCCCCAGUACUGACAGGUAAAGGCAGCAUGUUUACAGAGUCACCUCCCCAGUCCUGACAGGUAAAGGCAGCAUGUUUACAGAGUCACCUCCCCAGUCCUGACAGGUAAAGGCAGCAUGUUUACAGAGUCACCUCCCCAGUCCUGACAGGUAAAGGCAGCAUGUUUACAGAGUCACCUUCCCAGUACUGACAGGUAAAGGCAGCAUGUUUACAGAGUCACCUCCCCAGUCCUGACAGGUAAAGGCAGCAUGUUUACAGAGUCACCUCCCCAGUCCUGACAGGUAAAGGCAGCAUGUUUACAGAGUCACCUCCCCAGUACUGACAGGUAAAGGCAGCAUGUUUACAGAGUCACCUCCCCAGUACUGACAGGUAAAGGCAGCAUGUUUAGAGUCACCUCCCCAGUCCUGACAGGUAAAGGCAGCAUGUUUACAGAGUCACCUCCCCAGUCCUGACAGGUAAAGGCAGCAUGUUUACAGAGUCACCUCCCCAGUACUGACAGGUAAAGGCAGCAUGUUUACAGAGUCACCUCCCCAGUACUGACAGGUAAAGGCAGCAUGUUUACAGAGUCACCUCCCCAGUACUGACAGGUAAAGGCAGCAUGUUUACAGAGUCACCUCCCCAGUACUGACAGGUAAAGGCAGCAUGUUUACAGAGUCACCUCCCCAGUACUGACAGGUAAAGGCAGCAUGUUUACAGAGUCACCUCCCCAGUACUGACAGGUAAAGGCAGCAUGUUUACAGAGUCACCUCCCCAGUACUGACAGGUAAAGGCAGCAUGUUUACAGAGUCACCUCCCCAGUACUGACAGGUAAAGGCAGCAUGUUUACAGAGUCACCUCCCCAGUACUGACAGGUAAAGGCGGUAUGUUUACAGAGUCACCUCCCCAGUACUGACAGGUAAAGGCAGCAUGUUUACAGAGUCACCUCCCCAGUACUGACAGGUAAAGGCGGUAUGUUUACAGAGUCACCUCCCCAGUACUGACAGGUAAAGGCAGCAUGUUUACAGAGUCACCUCCCCAGUACUGACAGGUAAAGGCAGCAUGUUUAUCCAACACUGGAUCUGGUUUCUGCCCCUGUAUCCCAAGAUGUAUUAACCACAAAAUCUUGUUUGUUUGAAGAGAAAAACAGACUGCAAACUUAUAGAUUUAUGAAGAAUGUUUUUGGUGCUAUUGUUUCAGCUGUUUCUAUUAAAACCUUUUGAAGGGAUUAGUCAGUGAUGAAGUCAUGGCACCUGCCUGCCUGCCUGUCUGCCUGCCUGUCUGUCUGUCUGUCUGUCUGUCUGUCUGCCUGCCUGUCUGCCUGUCUGUCUGUCUGCCUGCCUGUCUGUCUGUCUGCCUGUCUGCCUGUCUGUCUGUCUGCCUGUCUGUCUGUCUGCCUGUCUGUCUGUCUGUCUGUCUGUCUGUCUGUCUGCCUGUCUGUCUGUCUGCCUGUCUGUCUGCCUGUCUGCCUGUCUGUCUGUCUGUCUGCCUGUCUGCUUGUCUGUCUGUCUGUCUGCCUGCCUGUCUGUCUGUCUGCCUGUCUGUCUGCCUGUCUACCUGUCUGUCUGUCUGCCUGCCUGCCUGUCUGCCUGCCUGUCUGUCUGUCUGUCUGUCUGUCUGUCUGUCUGUCUGUCUGUCUGUCUGUCUGUCUGUCUGCCUGCCUGUCUGUUUAAUGAAGUUAUGUAAUAUUAGUUGUUUUUUCCUCUCCUGUCAGAUAAAGGUGAAGGUACAUGAUUCUUCUUACAUCUGCUACUAAAGUUAAAAAGCUUUGGAUUGGUGUAAACAUGGGCAAGACAGUUUCUUUCCACCAUAUUUCUUGCACCAGUCUUGCCACUUACCCUUUAAAUGCAAGUCACAUUAGGAUUGAUUUAUAAUUGAAAUCUAACCAAACCUAUGUCCAGGCUAUGGACUUGCAUGUAAUCUAGUGGCCAAAAGCCUGUAUUAACAUGGGCAGCACCAUUGAGAACUUUCACCAUUUUGAUUUAGUCAACUGAGCGGGACUUCCAAUUUCUUUGACUGAUCUCUCCUGGCAUGACCUGAUGACCCGGUUGGCAUGACCUGAUGACCCGGUUGGCAUGACCUGAUGACCCGGUUGGUAUGACCUGAUGACCCGGUUGGUAUGACCUGAUGACCCGGUUGGUAUGACCUGAUGACCCGGUUGGAGUCGCGACAGCCGGGUCAUCAGGAGGGAUCAGCCAAUGAAUUUUCUUGGUGUAGAAGAACAUGGAUUAUUUCAAGAUGGAGAUGCCCCCUCAGACAUCAUCAUGACACAGAUGUUGUCUGUCUAUGGUCCUGGUCCAUCCCCUUAUCAUCACCAUCAUGACACAGAUGUUAUGUCUGUCUAUGGUCCUGGUCCAUCCCCUUAUCAUCACCAUCAUGACACAGAUGUUAUGUCUGUCUAUGGUCCUGGUCCAUCCCCAUCAUGACAGAGAUGUUAUGUAUAUCCACGUCUAUGGUCCUGGUCCAUCACCUUAUGUAUUACUGCCCCCCCAAGUGGUAAGAAGUGACACCGCCCCCCAUAAAAAAAACUAUAGACCUUCAACAUAUAAAUGGCUCUCAGCCUACUUUAUAAAACUGAAACUACUACUACUACAAACAAAAUAGAAAUGUUUUUUUAAAAAACUGAAACUAAAUAAAUACUAACUGAAACUAAACUUCAAAUAAAACUCUAAAAAGGAAUAGACAUAAUAACUAAUAUUAAAUAACAAAACCAGAAUAACCUUGGAUACACAUACCAGUUUGUCUUUCCUUGGCUGGAAACGUGUAUGUAAAGGCUUUGAUCGAAUCGAGCUGUGUCCCAUGCUGAACACGUCUCUCCCCCUCUACAAGGACUACCACGACGUCUGCCUGUACGUACUGUGGAGAGCAGGUGGGCAACGAUGCCAAGAUCACCAUCGAGCACCUCAACAUCUCCUGCCACCCAGCCUGCUUCAAGUGUGGUGUUUGCAGUAAGCCAAUGGGAGACUUUCUGUACAACAUGUUCCUGCACAAAGGGACAGUCCACUGUGAGAGCUGCUACUCCAACGUCUUGUAGGAUGCUUCCUUUCCUUGUCUCCUCGUCUCUUUUCCUUCAUGGCCACAGAGGUGACAAGACUGGAUGGCUGAUAUAACUGCUCUCUCCUAUCAAGACCUGUCGUCUGCUAACAGACAUGGAACACUGCACCUUGACCUUGACAGGAAUUUCUAUGUGUCACAUUUUGUUUUCAGACCCUUGUUUGGGUCCUACUGAAUUGAAUGAGGUUAACACUGAAAUACUAUGAGAGUUAUUCUAUGGUUUAGGGUUGGUAAAGACAAUAAUAUGAUCAUAUUACUGAUAUAGUUUAAUCUUCCGUCCGUUUCAAUGUCCACUUUUUUUUUGUUGUUGUUGCCUUUUUCUUCUUAAAGGCCCAGUGCAGUCAAAAACAUGAUUUCCUGUGUUUUAUAUUUCCACACUAUGAGGUUGGAAAAAUACUGUGAAAUUGUGAAAAUUAUGAUAAUUCCCUUUUAGUGUAAGAGCUGUUUGAAAAUACCUGUUCUGGUGGGAUGGAGUUUAGGACUGUCUGGUGACAUCAACAGGCUGUAUACGUUAAUAGACCAAUAACAAAUAGAGUUUCAAACCUCUCUGCGAAUAACAGUUAGUUUUCAUGUGAGAUAUCCCUCCCAUUAGGCUCGCCCAGUUAGGACUCAGACCACUCCCAGACAGUCCGAGCUAAAUUCUUGCUUGAGAAAUUGCUCUUUGCGAAGAAGCAAUUUUUAUUUUAUUUUAGACCAUCUUAAUUGAAAACAAAUCACAGUAAGAUACUUAAAUUGUUACCCAGAAAUGGUUUGAUAUUGAGAUAAAAUGGCUGCAUUGUGCCUUUAAUGUUGUAACUUGGUGAAUGUAUUGUGAAAUAUGAAGAUACUGUAUGUAAAAGUCUCUAAAUAUUAUAACGUAAUGACAAGAUUUAACUGGGAACUGGAUAUGUAGAUUGGCAGUUGGGUACAAUUUUCUACUUUCAGUCUUGACUAUGCAAAGAAAAUAACUACAGAUUUUUGAUCAAAUCUUUGUUUUAAAUUGUUUUUGACACUUUGACUCAGAAAAACAAUAAAAUCGAUUUAUAUAAACAUGAUAAA